AUGGAUACAAGUACUAUAGCUUCAAGAGGUAUGGUGGUAACCCCGCAUCAUUUAGCUACCCAAACUGCAUUAGCUAUCCUAAGAGAAGGCGGAACGGCUAUAGAAGCUAUGGUUGCAGCAGCCGCUACCAUUGCUGUUGUUUAUCCUCAUAUGAAUAGUAUCGGCGGCGACGGAUUUUGGCUCAUUGUACCCCCUAGCGGACAACCUAUAGCAAUUGAAGCCUGUGGCCCAGCUGGCAGCUUAGCAACUUUAGAGUCUUAUUCAAACUAUGAAAAAAUUCCCUUUAAAGGUCCCAAGUCAGCUAUAACAGUGGCAGGAACUGUUGGAGGAUGGGAGGAGGCGCUAAAAUACGUAACUGAAUGUGGAUACCAGAGAACUUCUAUUUCCAGACUGUUAGCGGAUGCUAUUUACUAUGCUGAAGAAGGUUUUCCUGUAUCAUCAUCGCAUCUGUCAGGUCUAUUAGAUCUUGACUUAAAUGAAUAUCAAAACAAGGAUUUUAUGUCAACUUACUUACCUAAUGGAACUUUUCCUAGAGAAGGACAAAAAUUUUAUCAGAAAAAAUUAGCCCAGACUUUAAGAUCGCUUUCGCUAAAUGGUUUGAACAGUUUCUAUAAUGGCGAUGUAGCAAAAUUGAUAGCGAAAGACAUGAAGUCUCUUGAUAUACCAAUCGUAGAAGCAGACCUUGCAAAUUACACGGCUAUUAGACGGGUUCCUCUAAAAUUAACUCAUGAACAAGGAGACAUAUUCAAUCUUCCCCCACCUACUCAGGGUAUACUUUCCUUAGCCAUAUUAGGUAUCUUAGAUCAGCUGAAAAUCAAAGGUGAUGAUGAAGGUAAAUUCAUUCAUGCAACAGUCGAAGCUACAAAACAAGCAUUUAUUUUACGAGACCAAUAUUUAACUGAUCCACGUUAUAUGGAAGUGGAUCCCGAAUCGCUAUUAAAAAGUCAAGCAAUUCUUGAUAUGGCAAAUAGAAUUAAUUCUAGUCGCGCGUCUAGUGAAGGAAAUGGUGAAGGUCCUGGUGAUACAAUCUGGAUGGGUAUAAUGGAUGAUAAAGGAUUUUCAGUUUCAUUUAUUCAGAGCAUUUAUCAUAAUUUUGGUAGUGGUGUUCUUUUACCAGAAACGGGUAUUUUAUGGCAGAACCGCGGCGUUUCUUUUAAUUUAAAAAAAGGUCAUAUACGUAGUUUGAUGCCAGGAAAGAAACCAUUUCAUACUUUGAAUCCUGCCGCUGCCAUUUUAAAAGACGGCCGCAUUAUGGUUUAUGGGACAAGAGGAGGCGAUGGUCAACCACAAACCCAAGCAGCUAUCUUCCAUAGAUAUGUUAUACAAAAGAUGAAUUUACAAAAAUCUGUAUCUGCACCGAGGUGGUUAUUUGGUCCUGCGACGGGGGGAGAUGAUAAUAAUUUAAAAUUAGAGAAUAGGUUCAGCAACGAAACUAUAGAUUAUUUAAAAAGCAAGGGACAUUCUAUUUCGAUGUUGCCUCCGUACAGUGAAGUUGUGGGUCAAGCGGGAGCAUUAGUUAGACACACAGACGGGUUAUUAGAGGGCGCCUACGAUCCACGAAGCAACGGAAAUGCGGCUGGCUACUAA